AUGCCACGAGAUGCAGAACCGUCGCUCAGCGAGAAAGCGUUCGUCACAAGGGCCCUCGGGGAAGGCCUGCGCCUGGACAGCCGCAAGUUUGAGCAGUUCCGGCCGCUCGAGCUCACUUUUGGCGACGAAAUCGUCGCCAACGUCUCGGCAGAGGUGACGGUGCCCUUUGCUGAUCGCCCCUUUGACGGCAUCUUCACGAUAUCCUCGGAACUAAGCCCCAUGGUGGCGCCGUCGUUCGAGGUGAACCGCCCUACGGAGCAGGAAGUCCUCCUCUCGAGGAUGCUCGAAAAGACGAUCCGCCGCUCGGGCGCCCUCGACACCGAGUCGCUCUGCCUCGUCGCCGGGCAAAAGUGCUGGUCCGUCCGCGCCGACGUCCACGUCUUGUCGCACGACGGAAACCUCGUCGACGUGGCGUGCCUCGCUGUCGUCGCUGCGCUCCGGCAUUUCCGGAAACCAGAGACGAGCGUGGCCGGCGAGGCCGUGACCGUGUACACGCCGGCGGAGCGGGAGCCCGUGGCGCUGAGCUGGCUGCACUCGCCGUUUUGCGUGACGUUUAGUUUCUUCGGGUCCGGGGACGACGGGGGCGCGGUGCUCGUGGACACGACGUGGCUGGAGGAGCAGCUGAGGGCGAGCAGCUGCACGUUCAGUCUGAACAGGCAUGGCGAGGUGUGCCAGGUGUCCAAGCUGGGAGGUGCGGACGUGGACGCGCCCAUCUUCGUGAGGUGCGCGCGGUUGGCGCUGGAGAGGGUCGAGGCGUUCACGGACCUGGUGGACAGGAGGUUGGCCGAGGAUGGGAAGAGGAGAGACAAGGGAGGGCUGAUGGCGGAGCUGAAGGCUGACAAUGAUAGAUGA